AUGGAAAGCUUCGCGUUUUGUCGUCGGGAUGAUAAUAAUGGUUGUGUGUCAGAUUUCCCUGGUCAAUCUUUAACAAUUUCGUUGUCUGAAGAUGCAACUGCUAGUAGUGAUGAAUAUGUAACCGUCAGCCUGUUGUUAUCAGAAUCAAAUUAUCAAUUAACUUCAACGAAGACAUAUUCGCCUUCAGAUAGCUCAAUGGGCUUGGCCACUCUGUGGUCAUUGGAUACUGAAUUGAUUGUUUCGUCUAGCAUUAAUUAUCCUACUUCCAUCAAUAAUGACGGUCCAAUGUCAUUGGAUGACCCUGAGAACAGUAUGUCUGCUGCCUAUAGCUCUUCCUUGUUUUCAUUUGUCGUUUCAAGAGCAACAGAAACAGAAUCCACUGCAUCGAAUACUGAUUCACGAAGCUCAUCUACCUAUUCAUCUCCUUUGGUGGUAUCACCAUCUUCAUCGUCAUCAUCACUCGUCGAUGAUUCUACUUCUGGGUUACAAAGUGAUCAUGAAUCAGAAGCUACUAUUGCAUACUCAGAGAGUACUACCAGCUCUCCAUAUAACACUGUCUCCACUUCAUCAGAUACUUCUGCUAUUUUUACGACGUUGCUGGCUACUCUAUCAUCGAGGUUAAUGUCUGAAACUGGUUUCGUUUCUUUUUAUCCCGAUAUACCUACUCCGCUGGUGGAAACUUUGCAGGUUGUUGACACACCGAAUACGUUUGAAUCUGGGGGAAAGGUUCCUUCUCCAACUAAUCCAUCUCCGUCAUCUCCAUCGUCAUUAACCUUAUCAGAAUAUACUAGUCAGAGUUCUACAAAAUCAAGCAUCCCAAGCAGUGCUCCUUUCUUGUGGUCAGUUGAAACCAAUUACUUGUCACAAAGUGAAGUAGUCUUUUUGAGAACAACCAUUCCAGCACCCUCAUUGCCAACUGAGGCAUCUUCUACUAGUGAAUCUUUCGCUAUGUCUAGGUCAAUAGCAACUAGUUCUGCUGGUUAUAAUCCAUCUGCUACAUGGUCAGAAGCUUUGACGAUUAGUGGUUCUACGUUAUCUGAGGCUGCUACUGUAAGCUUCUCACUGAAUGAACUUACUAAUCCUAGUGGUAAUACGGUAACUAGCUCUAUGGCUAGAAGUGAUUUGUCACGAACUACAUUAAGUCAACAUAUUUCAACUUCUUCAAUGUCAUAUUCUGUUGCUAUAUCAACAUAUACUGAUUCGGGCUCUAUUCUUGAAUGUUCUAAAUGGUUAUUCAUUUUCUUUUCAUUGAUUUCAUUUAUUAUUUAG